UUGAUGAUGAACAAAUAUGAGAUCAGUGUUUACCUUCUGUUCGUUACUUGAUCCUUCAGUAGUUCACAAAUGUUUACAGAAUUAACAGAUUUAGUAAAAACGUAGUAAUUGUUUGAGAUAAAACAAGUCACGAUUCAUUAAUGAUGAACGAAGAUCAGUAUGUAGUUUGUGCUUAAUUAGUGCAUAAGUAAUAGCGUAAUACUACAUUAUUUGUGCCCCCUCAUGUAUUGUGUCCCUAGUAGUAAUUGUUCAACAUGGGGGUUUACUGUGAGUGGAGGGUGGUGUGCAUCCACCAUGUAAGAAUUUGACCAACCUGAAGGUGGGUGCCGCAGGAAUAUAAGGUAUGAUCCUUAACAUACAAGAUUCCUGUGCUGCACAAUCGAUUGAAUUCUGUCUGUGGUGCCGCCCAACCUUUGCUCUCUGCCAUUUUUUGAAGCAGCUGACUUCACGUCCCAUUUUCUGGAGUUGGACAAUGAAACUGGAGCACAUGGUCUUAGACCACAAUCAUUUAUUAGUAUGUUGUAGAGCCACCUUCUGCAGCCAAUACAGCAUCAGGUUAUUGUGGGAAUGACAGACACAAGUCCUGCACAGUGGCCAGAGGGAUUCUGAGCCGUUCCUCUUGAAGAACAGUGACCAGAUCACUAUGUGAUGCUGGUGGAGGAAAACGUUUCCUGACUCGCUCCUCCAAAACACUGUGUAAAAUACAGUGAAGGUAGACUCAUCAUUGUCCACAGCCUAAUAUUUGAGUGUCCGUCACCAUUGAAGGUGACAUUGGCACAUGGUGCAGUGGUUAGCACUGUUGCCUCACACCUCUGGGACCCGGGUUCGAGUCUCUGCCUGGGUCACAUGUGUGUGGAGUUUGCAUGUUCUCCCCAUGUCAUCGUGGGGUUUCCUCCGGGUACUCCGGUUUCCCCCCACAGUCCAAAAACAUGCUGAGGCUAAUUUGAGUUACUAAAUUGCCCAUAGGUGUGCAUGUGUGAGAGAAUGGUGUGUCAGUGUGCCCUGCGAUGGGCUGGCCCCCCAUCCUGGGUUGUUCCCUGCUUCGUGCCCAUUGCUUCCGGGAUAGGCUCCGGACCCCCGCGACCCAGUAGGAUAAGCGGUUUGGAAAAUGGAUGGAUGGAUUGGCACAAGUAACCAAAGGAUUGGUUAUAGCAGCCCAAUCAGACCCUGCGAAGCCUCCCAAUGAACAGUUUUGGUGCAAACAGGAGACUUAAAGUGCGCAUUUAAUUCUGCAGUGUGUUGGGCAGCUGUGGCCUUUUGUUUCUGAAUACAAUCCAGGUUAGUACCCAGACACGCCUUUCAGGCACAGUUAUCCUGUUUGGAUGCGGUCCGUCCUUCAUGGUGGUAAUGCUGACAUUACCCUGGAUACCGUGGCUCUCGAUACACCAUGAAGACUUGCUGUCCUGGUCACAGGUGCAGCAGCGAGUCGCGCACCAGCAGUUUGUCCUCUUUUGAACUCUGAUAUGUCUCCCAUUAUCUUCUGUGGAUUGCAGUAUUUUAUGUACAGCUGCGCUAUUGCUCUGCUAAUUCACACUCAGCUCUUGCUGAUGCAAUAUGUAAUCAGUGAAGACCAGCAACCAGACCAUGCAUAUAUAGGCAUGAACCCUCAAACACUAUAUUGGCCAGUAUUUUAAUGAUUGUUUGACCUCUAGUUACUCUGUGGUCUUGCAGCUUCUUCCUGAGGUCUGCUCACGGUCUGAUUCUGGACUUUGCUAUUUGCCCGUUGACGCUAAGUGCCUCUCAUGAUGGAGAAAGUUGACAGCAUUUCGGACAUCAGAGGGGUCAGGUGAGAGCAACUUGACGUCCUUACAUCUUGAUCUGACGGCAAACUAUCGAUGGCCGCUCACAGGUGGCCAGGUGACUCAGUGCGACAAGAAGACGCAGCACUGACAAGUGAUACAAAGAGGCUUCGUGGCAGAUGAUAGGCUGUCCUGGACAAGACGAGUUCAGAACAAAAGCUGAGGUGCUAUGGUGCAAAAAAGAAAAUGAUAUCAAGGGAAAGGGCCCCCAAAUGCUCUAUUUUUCGUAAAUAUAAAUGCUGGUCUUUUUUGAUUACUAAAAUCUACAAAAAUGUUAAUUUAGAGACAGGGGAGGGGAAUUUCUCAGAAAUGUAAAAAAAGUCUAGUUAGUUUAACAUUAGGAAAUGCCCCAGUGAUACAGAAACUACGGGGGUGGCAGGAUUGACUGGAUACACUGGAAAUUUUAAGCUGCCUGUUGAUUGUAAAUUCAGCCGUAAGUUGCUGCUGGUGCCCUGAGUCUGACCGACACAAUGUGCUGAAGUUCAUAACUGGCUAUUAAAGAGGGAAAAAGGGCAGGAGAGGAGCAGCCAAGAGAUUAGAUUAGCCUCGAUUCAGAAGUGGCGAGCUGGCCACCUGGGGGGGCAGGGGGCGGGCAGUUCUGGCACCUCUCAGAAGCUGAUUGGUAGGCAGGCAGGCAGCCUGUGGCGCGGCUUUAAAGCUGGACCAGGUGAUCCGCUCCUGACUCAGAGAGCGACGGGAGCCUGAGAUGCUGCUCUGGACCUUGGGGGCUCUUUGGCUCCAGUGUCUUGUACUGAUUACUGGCAGCUCGUCGUCAGAGGAGGAGGAUGGCAGCAGCGAGAGGGACAGCGAGGAGAACUUGAAAAGCUCCUCACAUCCACAUUGGAAACAUGAUGAUCAGAAUGCGUGGCCUGCUAAUUUUUAUGACUGUGGCGGAACAUCCCAGUCUCCCAUCAAUAUCAACACUAGAGCGGUCAUCUUUGAUCCCAGCCUGCCGAAGAUUAAGCUUGAGGGAUAUGAUCUACCGUGCAAGCAGUCCCUGAAAUUAAAAAAUAACGGGCAUACGUUGCAGCUCAGCCUGCCCGAAACUAUGCGCAUUGUCGAGGGGUUCAGUGGUGUGUUCCGGGCUAAGCAGCUGCACUUCCACUGGGGGACGCCGGAAGUCCCCGGGUCAGAGCACACCGUCGAUAAUACCCACUUUCCCGCCGAGAUCCAUGUGGUUCACUACAACUCCAAAUACGGAAGUAUCGACCAGGCUGUCAACCAGCCGGAUGGCUUGGUCGUGCUGGGGGCUUUACUUGGUAUUGGGCUGCAUGAAAAUGAAAACUAUGAGAAAAUCUUGUCUUCAAUCAAAAAUGUCAGCAAAGAAGAUUCCGACACAGAAAUCCCUGGAUUUAAUGUCCGACUCCUGCUGCCAAACAACCUGGACAGAUUCUACAGAUACAAUGGAUCUCUCACCACCCCUCCGUGUUUCCAGUCUGUGACUUGGACCGUCUUUAAUGAAUCUAUCACAUUGUCAAGGAAACAGAUGGCCAUGUUGGAGGACACGCUGAAGGCCCAUCACAGUCAUUCCCUGACCAAAAACUUCAGGAUUCCGCAGCCUCUGCACGGACGACCUGUGCUGUGCUCUUUCAGAGAGCUGCCGGCCUUGGAAGGCCCCAGGAGUAAUAUUCCAUAUGAAAGCAACGUUGACCCUUCGAAAGGUGUCAGAUCAAAGAAUGAAGCCCAGGGCCCUAAUAGUUGGAUCUCCAGUGGGGACAUCUGGGCUACUGCAUUCGGCACUCUCUUUACAGUCACUCUGCUGUUCUCCCUCGUGUACGCCUUCAGGCAGCAGAAAAAAUACUCCAGAUUAAAGAACAACACGCAACAGAAUGUUAUUUAUAAGCCGGCCUCCAAAGAUGAUGUAUAACGUCUGUACUUUAGUAUUCAGGUAUUUGACUUGAUUUCUAGUCCAAAUUAUUGUGUUUAUUAAUCAUUAGAUUUAUUUAUAUGUAAAUGGAUUGUUAAGCUCAAAACUUGCCAGUGAAUUGAAAAAAGUGAAGUUUAUCAUACAAUUAAUGACUCAUAUUUUUGUUUGAACUAUAGAAAAACCCAUUUGCCCUCAUUACUUUGAAAAAACUAUUUUCAAAAUAUAUUUUUUCCCUGUUAUUCCCAAGAGCCUAUGUCAUGUUUUGUAUGAUUUAGGCCCAAGUUUGUACAAAUAUGCAUGUAUAGUACUGUAAUGUUGCUACAACUGAAUCACAUGGCCUAGGAUCAUCUACUGCAGAAAUUGUUCCUAAAAACAUCAUUGUACAGUAUCACAAACAAUGGCACCAAACAGGAAAUGUGAUUGCACUGUAAAGAUGGCUGUUUGCAAUAAAAUGUUAUUUUAAAGUU